UUUGAUUUGCUAAAAGUAUAAACUUUGUAACUGUUAUCAUAACAUUUGAAAGUGUACGAUGCAUAGGUUUUAGGUAUCAGGUUUAUUCGUAGAUGCAAAAUUUAUUACGUAGUCGCAAAGUGACGGUGACUGAAGAGUCUUGAGUCAUGUAACCAAAACUUUUCAAACAUUCUUAGCAUCCUAAAAUCACUCACAUAUUGUGUAUGUGCCUCUAUUUUACCCGCCUUACUAAUGUAUGUCUAAGUAGUUUUUAUGCCUACUCGACUAAUUAUUCUGAAAAUGUAUUUGUAGAUACAGUUCAAUAGGUUUUAAAUCUUCUUUACUUACAUUUUAAUUAAUCCAGUAUUUAAGCAAAUAAGAGGUGUAGGCUUCUACCUUUCAACCUUGUUUAUAAUCAGCAAAUGAAUCACUGAUUGCUAAAUAAACUAGUCGACUUUUUAACUGCCACUGAGAAUAGCUUCCUCGUAACAAAAUAUUGAAGUCUGUGCAUGCAUUCUGUGGCUUUUCGAGAACACUUUUUUGUACAUUUUAUCUUCGCCUUCAUGUUUUGUAUUAUUUUCUAAUAAAACAUAAUUACAUUACAUUAAUAAAUUGAAAAAAUUAAAAUACUAGGGGAGGGAGAAAACUAGGCAGCAAUUAUCUAAGGUUAUGUGGUGCAGAAUUACACUAGUUGUUUGAUUUUAAUCUGAGGGUCAUCUAAUCAACAAAUGUCAGGUGAAGUACAUCUUAUUCAUCUUUAAUUUCUUAUUGGUUUGUGUUAUGCAUUUUAUUAAGCAGUUAAUAAUUAAGAAAUAAUUUUGGAGUAUGCAGUUAAAAUGUAAAAAUUUUAUACUGAUUUCUUUAGGUUAAUGGAAAGUCUGUGUACAUUGGAUUUAUCAGGAAAAAUUAUCAGGUUUUCAAACUGUUAUCUACUCAUAGAAGAACAUCUAGUAAAAGAUGAUUUGUGGGUUCGAGAUGGAAAAAGGCCGUAGCUGAUAUCUAUGUUGAUUUAAGUGGAAGUAUCAUUUCUCCCGGACUUAUAGAUUUGCAAGUUAACGGUGCAUAUGGAUAUGACUUCUCAAAUCCAAAUGAAAACACUGAAGAAAUAUGCUUCAAAGUCGCCAAAAGACUUCCGGAAACGGGAGUUACAGGAUUUUGUCCAACUAUUAUAACAUCACACCAGGAAUCCUAUACAAAACUUAUUUCUGGAUUUCAAGCCUAUGAAGACAGAAUAAAUUGUUCUAAAAUGCUGGGGAUUCAUCUUGAAGGUCCGUUUAUCAGCAAAGACUGUGCUGGAAUGCAUCCAACCUCCCUCAUAAAAGAGUUUGGAAGUGAUCCUGUCAAGGCUAUUUCAGAAGUGUAUGGUUCAAAUCUUAACAAAGUUAGGAUGGUCACAAUUGCUCCUGAAUUAGAAGGUGCUUCACUUGCAACAGCGCAUUUAGUUUCACAAGGUAUCAUCGUUUCUAUUGGUCAUACAAAUUCUGACGAUAAGUCGGCAGAGUCUGUUUUAUCUGCAGGAGCAACCUUUGUUACUCACCUUUUCAAUGCUAUGUCACAUUUCCAUCAUCGUAAGGCUCAUAUUUUUGGCCAAUUCGCUAACUGUAAGACACCACUACAUAUCGGUCUCAUUGCUGACUUAAUACAUUCACACUCAGGUGCCCUCUGUCUGGCACAGUCGAUCUGUCCCAAACAUGUAACCCUCGUCACUGAUUGCAAUGUAGCAUUUGGACUCCAUGAUGGCAUGUACACGUUUGGUGUACAAAGGAUUCAAGUAGAGGAUAAAAAAGCCUAUUUAGCUGGAACAGAUUGUUUAGCCGGAGGAACUACAUCUUUGUUAACAUGUGUCAAGAAUUUCUGGUUAGAAGUCAUGUACAACAAAACUGAUCCUGAACCUAACAUUCCUAAAGAAUGGGCCGGACUUGGAUAUGCAUUGGCAGCAGCUAGCACAAGACCAGCACGCGUUCUUCGUCUCUACAGUAAAGGUGUAGCCACCAACACCACCACCCCUAAGACACUAUCAAUUUCAGAAUCUCACUUAAGAAUAGGAGCCUUAGCUCCAGGUUGUUCUGCAGACUUCAUAAUUAUACGACCAAUAACAUGUACAACAAGCCUAAAACCUGAGCUUAAACUGUUGUGUACAUGGAUUAACGGGAAACCUGCUUAUCUCACUUCAGAACAUGAAACCUACAUAAAAUUGAAAACUUGUAUAUAAACCUAGUAAACAUGACAUUAGGCAUUUUUAACAUGUUUUUUUUAUUUUCAUCUAGAUUUUUAACAUUAUUUUGUUUUCUUUAGUUUUUAAUUCACUAGCUAUGUACUAAAUUUAUUAGGUACAAAUAUAUAUAUAUAUAUCUUUU